AUGACUCAUAUUACCAGACCAAGUCUUGGCGGUCUAGACCAGACCAAGACCAAGUCAGACCAGACCAUUCCGAUCACUGCACCUAAUGAGGUUGCUAUCCAUCGAGAACCACCACCGCAUGAGUCGAUUAUCGGCUACUUGGGCUACUACGAACAGCUACCAAAGCCAGAUGUGUCCUCACUUCUACUUGAGUUUUGUGAAUUCGGCGACUUCUACGACUUCGGUAAACGGGCUCGGCGGGUGGCUCGGAGGGGUGAACACCCUAGUUUCUCUGAAGCUUUCAUGUGGCCAGUAUACCGCCAGCUAAUGAGUGCUCUCGCCUUUCUGCAUCAAGGCAUCGAUGCACAGAACCCACAAGGUCGUGACGGCUGGAGGCCAAUAGUACACCAAGACAUCAAGGUCGAGAACGUGUUCGUCAAGCGCUUAGGCACCAUACCCGACUGGUCGGAAAUUAAACUGAAGAUUGGAGAUUUCGGCAUGUCUACUUACUAUGAUCCUGCCAAUCUCAAUCCCCACAGCUACAUUGGCACAAGCACAAACUGGUCGCCGGAAAUCUCCUGGGAGACCAAGCGCUUCACACCUGCGAGUGAUGUAUGGGCAGCUGCUAGCAUCAUCCAUGGACUGGCUCAUAACUUUGGGCCAAAAGUUGCUUCCGAGCUUAUCAAGAAGAAGUGGUUCCUCCAAAAUGAUGAACUGCCCUUCCCAGCGACAUGGCCGCCAAAUCUACAAAUCAGCUAUUGGUCGUCGCAAGCACCGCAUAGAGUCAUUCCGAUCAACGUUGACCCUAAAGAGCCUGUCCCUGUUUUGUCCGAUUACGGAGUGGGAUAUGACAUACGGGCACUGAGCGCUCGCGAGCAUUGGCCGAGCCCAAAGUACUCUGACGCACUGAACGAUUGCAUGAUGGCGGGCCUCAAGAUUUCGCCAGAUGAGCGUGCAGAGUCGGGGAAAUUACUCUUCCAGAUUGAGACAGCACAGGCUAAGUUCCUUUUCAAGGAUCUAUGUGUGGCGCAUGACCGUGAGACUGCGUCGGACUAG